CUGGGCGGAGGGCCGGGCUGCGCGCGGCGAGUAGGAAGCCCUCGCCCAGCGGAGGCUGCGGGAGAGCGAGAGGGAGAGUGAUGGGCCGCGGAGCUGGGCGCACGUUCUGCGGGGACUCAUGCCACGCGUGUCCCGGCCGGACGCGCAAUUAGCAGCCGCCUCUGCAAGCAGCCGCCGCCGCCUCCCGGCCCCCCCGGGCUGCCGUGGCGAGGAGCUCCAGCCGUUGUCUCGCUCCGGCUGCGCGCAUUGUCCUCAGGGUCCUCCACCAGGGCUGCUGCGGGGCCCGGGACCCGCGCCUCCGGGACGCGCUCCCGCCGCCGGUCGGCCGGGCGGGGGCCUCUGCUAGCCCUUCGCUGAGCCCGUGCGCCUGGGCCACUCCCGCCGGGGUUGUUCCUGAGGAGUUGAGGAAGGGGAGAAGUCCACCCGCCCAUCCCAGCCUCCCCCGGCGCACAGCCCCGACGGGGCCGCUGCAAGCGCGACGAGGGCGCCGACGGAGCCAUGAGAGAGUACAAAGUGGUGGUGCUGGGCUCGGGCGGCGUGGGCAAGUCCGCGCUCACCGUGCAGUUCGUGACAGGUUCCUUCAUCGAGAAGUACGACCCGACCAUCGAGGACUUUUACCGCAAGGAGAUCGAGGUAGACUCGUCGCCGUCGGUGCUGGAGAUUCUGGACACCGCGGGCACCGAGCAGUUCGCGUCCAUGCGGGACCUGUACAUCAAGAAUGGCCAGGGCUUCAUCCUCGUCUACAGCCUGGUCAACCAGCAGAGCUUCCAGGACAUCAAGCCCAUGCGGGACCAGAUCAUCCGAGUGAAGCGGUACGAGCGCGUACCGAUGAUCCUGGUGGGCAACAAGGUGGACUUGGAGGGCGAGCGUGAGGUCUCCUACGGCGAGGGCAAGGCCCUAGCCGAGGAGUGGAACUGCCCCUUCAUGGAGACAUCGGCCAAAAACAAAGCCUCAGUGGAUGAGCUGUUCGCAGAGAUCGUGAGGCAGAUGAACUACGCGGCACAGCCCAACGGCGACGAGGGCUGCUGCUCGGCCUGCGUGAUCCUGUGAGGCGCCGGCGGCAGCCGGGCGCUGGCCACGCUCUGUGCACAAAGCCAAACGCACCCGAUUCUCUUAAUGUGAUUGUCUUCUUGCUUUGAGAUUGGAGACGACUUUGUAUUGGCCGGGAUGUCCGAGCAACCUGGCUGACUUGUGUGGCCAGCAUCCCAGCCUUCAGCCGGGGUCCGAGGGGGUGUUCGUUGCUGACCAUCCGAGACCCUGAUGGAAAUGUGGCUCUAUACAGCGUGUACGUUCCUCAUUGAUUUCGGUUCAUGCAUAUUUCCCCGUUUAAGUAGCCAUUAAGGCGCUGUAUUGGCUGCUUGACACCGGCAAGCAAAAGUUUCAAGCCUGAAAAAAAAAAAAAUGGGGGUGGGGAGGUGGAGGAAGUGGAGAGGAAGGAGGAGGCAGUGGGGGAGGGUUCCCCUCAAACAACUGUUCAUAGUUCCAAGUUCUAAAUACCAGGAAAGAGGUCCAAGAAAACCAUAUGAAGGAGCCAGAGGAGGGGAAGAAACUUGUUUCCUUUUUCCCCCUUGUUUUCCAGGAUUAUUUGGAAAUUAAGACCAGGGGUUCCUUUUCUGCCAGCUUGGAAGGGCAACCCAGGGACUGAUUAGGAUUCUGAGGAUGUCUAUGCAAAGUUGGGUUCUUGUUACAGUGUAUCCAAUCUGAAGUAUUGCACAUGUGAACUGGGACUGUUAACACUGAUGCCAAUACAGUGUGGGGUGCCAGGAAGUGUCUGCUGAUAUUUGUGGGAAAAAAAAUCUAUUUUGAUUACCUACUGUAUCAAAGGGGAGUCUGGGGGAGAAUGGUAGUAUUUUUUUUUAAAUCAGCUGUGAAAAAAAUGUUACAGAUCUGCACAUUUUUGUGUGUGCUGUUGUGUGUGUGUGUGUGUGCGUGUGUAUGUGUGUGUGUGUUCAAGUAUAGCUUUUUUUUUUUGUGGUUGGCAGUGACAGAUUUUGCUGACUAGCUUUUAAAAACACAAUACAAAGACUUUGUAAAUGUGAUUCAGGGCCCCCAGCACCCCUGUGUCUGCAGAGUGCCUUCAAACUCAGCUGUUCCAGCCGGUGCCAACCUGUGAAUUCCCACCAUAUCCCAGAAUCUGCUGUCCUGCUGUCUCCAAAACCACUUUAAGUAUCUUCCUGAAAGAGCCAGGACAAUAGGACCUGUUAUUCCAUGAAUUGCUUCAUUGAUUUUUAGCUUUUUAAAUAUUAAGCCCGUGUCUUGAAUUUUUUCCCCUUUCUGCAUUUUGUUCAAAUUUCAGGAUUUAGCCUCUCUCUCUCUGUUGUUUUCAAAGUGUCUCUGGUUAUCUGUUACAGGGUGUUCCUCCAAAAGCAAAAGAGCAAAAUUUUAUUGUUGUGAUGUACCAAGAAAAUUCUAACAAGUUGUAACUUUUAAUUCCACUCAUUUAGUCACUGUCUCUUCAUUUUAAGACUUUUAAUACAAAUGUCAUUUUUAAAGAAACCCCAAACUAUUUGUGUUUUUGUGUUUCAUAUUCAGUUAUUCAUACUAUCCGUGAUAAUGGUGCCAGGCGGAAGUAGAUAGGGCCAGAUACAUGUUGCCUUCUGGAGUUAUUUGUCAAAUUUUGAAGAUAGAAUUAUUUCUGUGACAAAUUGGAUGACAAUGUUUUUUCAAGUUUUCAAAAACAAAAAAGUGUCAAAGCCUAAGGGUGUAUUCGCAUACCUUUUGAUUCCCAGGAUGAGGAAGUGUAUUGAUUCUGCUCUGCUGAAGAAGAGUGGUGAACUUCUGUUGGCAGCAAAGGGUCACAGCCCACGUUGCCAACACCCUCUUAGGUCUGAGAAAGUAACAUGGACCUGGCAGAAUAGGGGGUACUUUCUACCUGUCUUUGUUUUGUCUGUUUAUGUCACAUGCUGAGUAAGAAGUGUUCUUAACUUUGAUCUUACACGCGGUGUACUUGGCAGUGUAUGCAUUAUCCCAGCCAUUAUUUCAGCCCUUCCAAAGUUUUUAUUUGGAACCAAAUUAUUAGUUUGAAAAGAAAAAAAAAAAACAACAACUAUAUAAAGAGGGUUUCCUUGCUCUCCUUAGUUUGUGGUCCAUAUUUGACCACAAAAGUUGUUUAUUUAAAAAUUAGGAGACAGUGUGUGUUGUUACUUUUUAUUUGUAUUUUUCUUGGGCCCGCUGGUACAAUAAUCUUUACAGAAUAACAAAGUAUAAGAUAUUGUACCAUAGGUUCAUGAGGCAAAGCUAAAGUCUGAAGAGUUUUAACUACGGAAUUUACUCCUUUCACAAAGCCAAAAGAAAUCACAGGUUUCUUUAAAGCUUAUUAAUAUAUCUUGCCUUAAAUUUUUUUUUGUCUCCAACCAGGUUUCAUCUCACCAUUCCAAUGGGGAGGAAGAACAGUUUUUGCCUGUACUAGCCCUUUUUUUUUUCCAGUUCUCCAUUAGUAUCAGUCACAAUUGGCGUUUCUAAGUAUAAAAAUGAAAACUGCUCAAAAUAAUAUUUUUAAAAGAAUUCAUUCCUACAUUUGAAUAAAUGUAGUUGCUUAAGCAUAUUCUAGGGUUGCACAUUCUGAAGAUGUGUCAAGCACUGCUGGAAGGUUUUUAAAUGUGUUUAGUGACCCUCUUUAGUCAUUAUUUGGAAGGCUUUGAACAAAAGUGUUGCCAACUCUAAAGCUCAUAAGAAUUGUAUGUACUCCUUAUAGAAAAUGUUUGACAGUGGAGAGUGAAAUAGGUUGCUGGUGCAUUAAUCACCUCCACGGAAGGGUUCCAAGACGCCAUGAAAGGCAGGACAGGUAUUUAAAACAUGUUUCUACUGAGUACUGUAAAAUAAAUGCUUUUGGAUUGUAAAAUUAAAGCUGCUGCAGGAAAAUGGAGCUCUGAGUUGUUUGGCUUUCGCCUGUUAUUUUCAUGGCAAAAUAGAAAUUUGCAGGUCUUUUUAUUUGUUCUUUCCUUAAGAAGAUAAUGUUUUUAAGAAUGAUAGUUUAUUUGGCUAGGAAGAAUCUCAUUUAGUGUCCUGGUGUGAAGUGAUAAAAGCAUUUGUUUCAGUGAAAAAGUUGGGCUGGUUUAACUGCUUUAGGAAGUGAGUCAGGGAGGGUGGAGUUUGUUGUAAGGUAAUUUCACCUGAAAAACAGAAGUCAGGAGGGAGAGGUGUUUCCUGAGGGGGUGAGAACUGACUGUUAAACUUGACCCCUGCUCUCUGUCUGUCUAUCUUUUUUUUUAACAAUUUUUCCUUUUGGUCCCUGACAGCCAGUCCAGUUUUCUGUCACUUCAAAGCAUUAUUUUUCUUCAUUUGUAAAUGCCUCAGGAAAGCUAAAGGUGUCUGCUCCAGUCUCACACUUUGAUCUUCAGGUCAAACAGUUUCCAUCCUCACUGUUAAGGUAGACUUCAGUCAGUCAUAUUGAGAAACCAGAUUUAUUUGAAGUUAGUCGUUAGAUGCCAAAGGCUUGCUACACCCUGAGUACUGCAUAUUUCCACAGGGUGAGGAUCCCAAAGGCUUCCUUUGCUUGAACUGUUUGGGUAGCUUUGUUAUCACUCUCCCUUAAGGAUGAUGGAAAGUGAGAGAAAGCUAUUUGAAGCAGGAGUUUGGGAAAAAUAGAUGUGAAAUGCCUGUGCUGUUAUCUGUCAUAAAAAUAUUCUGCUCUAUAAAUUCAAACAAGGUUGAAUUUGGAGAUGUCCAGUGUUUAUUAAAAUAAUGCUUGUCAGUGCCUGCUUAAUGGGGGAAAGCUUUCUAAUAUAAAAUUUUUCUAGGAUAUGUUACAGGUCUAAUCAAGAAUGUUUUGUUCUUGAUUAUGGUAUUUUAUUCAAGCUACAAGAAUGAUUGAAUGCCUUUAUUUGACAUGGCACCAGUAAGUGAAGCAUUUGAUUUCUUCAUGGUAGCAUUGUGGUGUUUGAGUCAAUAGGGUCAGCCAUUGCUGAGGUUCUCAAACUAAACUUCAUAUCAGAAUCACCUGCAGGUUAAAACAAUACGUAAUGCUGCCUCCUAAUUUUUCUUUUUCAGUGAAUCUGGGGUGGUUUCUCAGAUUUCAGGAGAUAGUAAUGUUGCUGGUCCAGGGACUAUCCUUUGAGGCUCAAAGAUCAACUCCCAGCUCUAAAUUCACUUCAAACUAAGAUCUUCCUAGAAAUGUAGAGACUGCAACCCAGGAGCUGUGUUUUCAUUUCUGCUGUGAUGAUAAAUGGUUUCCACAGACAUUUGCUGAAGAGGACAUACACCAUUGAAAAUGGCGGUCAGGUUGCCAUGUGCGGGCAGAGCCUUGGUAAACUUCACACAAUUAUGCGAACAAUGUUGGCUGUGGUCUUCGGUGUUAAAUCAGAAGCAGACUUUGAGAAAAGGAUUUCAUCAGAGUCAACUUCCUAUCCCUACUCUUACAAAAGAAAAAAAACCACAAAUACCUUUAGCUAAGAGCACUUUAAAAUAUUUACGUCCUCUUUAUUAGAAGGCAAAGGCUAUAGUUUUUCAUGUUUCCAAGCAAGAACUCUGAAAAUAAAGUGAGAGAAUUUCAAUAUUCAGGUCACAGUGUGCACAGGUGUGUCUUCUUAGACUCCCAGGCGUUAGCUAACUCUGUCUGAAGUUGCACUGCUUUCCAUUCUGGGUAAACACACACCACAGCACUGUCAUGCACUGUGUUCUUAUGCAUCUUCAUGUUGAAGGCUGUUUCCAACACCCUGCUUUAAUGCCACGUCUCCACUUGUGGUGAAGUCCAAUGGCAACCAGAGAAGUUGCUUUUUCACCGUUGUCAUUUACAAAGUGGAGAGGGUAAGUGCAGCUGUUAGAAGACUGAAGUUGGAUGAGGAGAAGGGACCUUAGCAAAUCUGCUUUACUCACUUUUAAUGUGUUCUGAGCUUGGGUUAUUUCCUUGCUUUUGCCAUAAUUAAUAAUAAUAACAAGAAAUAUUUUGAUGAAAAUGUUUUGCCCUACCCCUUAUUGCUGUUACUGUCAUUUUCAUGCACAUCACUCAUCCAGGCAAAUUAGAAACUAUCUGCAUAGAAGCUAAAAAAUGACUGAAACAUUGACUUCUGUUCCAGCUACCCAUUAGAGAUCCAUCAGGAGUCUCUAGAACAGCAUCUCCUAUUCCAAUUACACACCCAAUGAAAGGUUAUUUUAAAGUUUAAUCUAUCUGAUAAAUACUCUUUUAUUUUGUUCCCAGUCUAAAUGUCAUUUCAAGCAGUUGCAAACAUUCAUAUGUUCUGUUUAGGUAUCUGUAACAGUUGUAGAAGGCUCCAUAGUCAAAAACCUACUGCUACUGACAGCAAUGGAAGGAUGAAUAAAGCGCUGGGGUAUUUUUAUAUGGGCCUUCACUUUAUGCUUCUUUGCAUUAGCGUUAAUUUGGAAUAUUAAUAUUUGACUGUUGAACUGUUUAAAAUUGGAGGCUGUAUUUAUUUUAGAAUGAUAUAUUUUUAAAGUAUACCGCACCACAGAGAUAUUUUAUCUUGUCUAAGAAAAUCCAAACUAGUCUAGUGUCACAGGUUAGUACUCGUUAGAGGAGAACUUUGUUAUUUUGAGGAAAAGAAUGAAUAGUGGAGUGACAAGUGCUAAAACCUUAAUUAAUGAAAUAUUUUGUCCUGUAAAACAGAGAUGGCUAACUAGUAGAGAAAGGUAAAACACAAAUGACCUUACUGUAUUUGGAAUGCUAUCGAUCUGCUCUGUAAAUUGGAGGGAACAGCUCUAUUUUUCUCAUUUAGUUAAUGAAACUUAAUCUUUCUAAGAUGAAUUAUCUUGUAAGAUUAUGUGAGGUUAAAAUUUUCAGAGGCUUAAAAUGCACGAUCCUUUUAUUUGUGGUAACAGAAAAAUUUCAUAGGCAGAAUAUUUUUUUAAUAGAAAAGAGAAAGAUUAUUGUUGCUUUGGAAAUGCAAGUACCCAACAAAAGUUUAGAGAUUGUUAUUUGGUUCCUGAGAAUAGAUUUGCAGUGGAGUUGGUAAACAUUGCUAAUACAAAUUCAUCCAUUAUUCAAGAAACAUUUACUGAGCAUCUAGUAUUCACUGCCACGGCAGAACCAAUGCUUAUUGGGUAAGCUUUUAACCUAAACAAAAACAGAUUUUACCUCCCUUUACUACCAGCUGCAAAAUAGCAGCUACCAAACAAGUGUAUAGAAAAGUGCAUCUACGUGUACCAACAGUUAAAAUGUUGUAUGUCCAUGUGGUAGGCAAACAUGAUAAAUUUGCAGAAAAGUGGACCUUUCUUUCAGAAAGACAAGUGAAAAUGUAAAUAAAAAUGGGUCCCAUGAAGCUUAAGCAAUGGCUAGUUUUUGUUUUAUGUAAUGCUGUGUGAUAUGACUGUCAGCACUUCAUGUCUUUUCUUUUUUAUGUGUGCAUUUCCUUUUUUGUGAGAUGAUUAGCUAAAAUUGAGUACUUGGAAAUAGGACAUUAUUUUGCUUUUAUGUGUUCAUGUCAGAGGGAAGAGAGAAAAUGCAAAACUAAGAUGAAAAUAGGAAAGGACAAUUUUGUACCCUCAAAGAAAGGCAGAGACUCCUAGGAUUCUUCAUGUAAAGAAGACAUAGGCCUGGGUGCUUCUUUGAAACAGGCAGUCUAAUAAACAUGAAUGCACACAGAGUCACUGAUAUUUUUAAAGAUGCUAAGCUAAUAGUUAUUUUGUGCAGAGACCCUUGUUCUCAUGGUGCUAGUGCUGUCAGGAAGAAGACAAUCAUCUCAGAGAAAGGGAUCUUGGGAAUAGCACCUAUCAUGUGAAGGGAAGGGCAGGAUUGUGUUUAUUAGCCUACUGUGGCUCCCAAAAAUAUUUCCACUAUCUGCAGAAUUAGACAGCAUACUCUUUAAAUGUAAAGUUACAGAGGUAGCUAGAUAGAUCAAGAGAAGUAUUUUUUUAUUUUAAGAAAGAAUUGCCAGAAUAAUUAAUUGCUAUAAGGUGGAAUUACAAGAUUACUCUAGGUUUAAGUCUGAUUCUUUCCCCUUAGAAAAAUCUUGAGUUGAAGUUUAUUCUGCAUUCAUAAAAUUCAAAAUUAUUAUAGUUACAUAGAUUCAAUAAGGGCUUGAGUAUUUUCUAUGCUUUCUGACCACUGCUAAAAGUUUUGAAAUUUUUAUAUAAAUCAUAAACUCAGCAUCUAUUAAUAUUAUUAUUAUAUAUGUUAAUAAAUAGAUCAGUGGUUCUCAACCUGUGGGUCAGAGCCCCUUUGGAGGGGUCAAAGGACUUUUUCAUGGGGGUUACCUAAGAUUAUCUUGCAUAUGAGAUAUUUACAUUAUGAUUCCCAACAGUAGCAGAAUUACAGUUAUGAACUAUUUUUUUGUUUGGGGGUUUCCACAGCAUGAACUGUAUUAAAGGCUCUCAACAUUAGGAAGGUUGAGAACCACUGAUAUAAAUAUUGACAUAUACACUGAGGACAUAUAACUAAGAUACAUAUAAAUACUAACAUUUAAACAUCCUCCUUAGAAGCUAACGUUUAUUGGAUUAUAUACCAUUCAUGAAAAGAACGUCUACAGAAAUCUUUACUGACUAAAUUCUCUAAGCAUACAUGUAAACACAUUGCAUGUACUUUAUGUAGAUUGACACUAGGUUUUGUUCUCGUUUUAAAUUUUACCUUUUUGGUGGAAUGGCAAGACUACUUCUAGGUUUAAUUUAAGUAUUAUGCUUUUACCCCUCCCUAGAAAACUCUUGAAGUGUGAGUUCUUUAUUCUGCACUCAGUUAGUUCAGUGUGUUUAGGCCUAACGCCUGUUGCUUUCCCUUUUGUGUGGUGUCUGGUCAGCCCUGUAUACGUCAUGCAAUUAGCUUUUCUGUCACUAAUAUAUAUCAACUGGUAAAAAGAUGUAAGAGCUGUUACAGUAUAAAUGUAGCUAUAAUGUAGCACUGUAAAGAGAAGAUGAUUUUGAAGAUCUUUGAAGGUCUUUGAAGAUCUACACCUAAACCCUGUACCGGAAGGUGAACAGAUGGCAACCUAAUUCCUGUACUUUAUGGUUUAGAGUGAUUUUUUUUUUUUUUUUUUGUGAAUUAGCUUGAAGACUUAUUCAGUUAGAUACACUUAACAACUGCUGAAUGAUAUUUAGAGCCCAGCUCUGUGUCCCUGCUAAUCUAGUACUGUGGUUAAAAAAGAAGAAGAAAAAAAAAAAAACAGUCAUGUUACAUAUGACUCGUGGGUUGGCUAUAGCCCUGGGGUACCACUAUCCCAGGAAAGUGGGGAGUGAAGGUGCUACUGCGGUGAGUGGGUGCAGAAUAAUGCUUUAGGGGUAUGUGUGCAUGUAUGCAUACAUGUGUGCACUGGGACAUCCUGUGCUCUUUCGGAUGCUGGGAACAGCCUGUUCUUUCAUCACUGAAUGCUAUUAUUUUCCUGCCUGCCCAGUUUGUGACAGUCAAAAGUGUCAGGACGCAUUGCUCCCGGGUGCAAAGUUGCUCCUGGUUGUGAACCGCUGCUGAAAACUAGACCUUGUGGCAAUGGGGCAGCCAUAGAAGAGAGGAGAGGCAACUGAACUGAUAAAGCAGGAGCAGUUAAGACCACAACAGGCAGUGUGUGCUUUUAAGAUACUGGCACGCGCUCUCAUGCUUCGGUAAAGAUCACUUGGACCAACCCAUUACAUCUACUCUAAGAGUAGUCAAAGUAUGGCUUUUCUUAGGGUUUUCUUUUCCUGGAACAGGGGCAGCUGGUGGGCGUGGGGGUUGAAGGUGAUGAACCUUGGUGGGCAGAGCACCGCCUGAGGACUAAGUAGCUGGACUUAGAAUCCUUAAAGGAAAAUGAAGGGCCACUAAAAUGAAGUCUCCAGCAACCGGCAGCCUCUAUGUGGCUCAGGCUGUGCCUGCCAAGCCCUGGAACUCAAGGUUGAGGAUCCUGUCAGCAAGUUCAUUAAUGUGGAAUUAGCGCAAUAACCAUGGAUCUUUAAUUUACUCUGAACCAGACACGAUUGUUCUAGUCUUACACUUUAAUGAAAUCCAGGCAGUAAACCCAUAAAAAUUUAAGCAGUCAAACUCCUGGGCACCCGUAACCUAUCAGGAAAACUGCGAGUCUACGUUUCAAAAAGUUCAGAUUUGUAAGUCAGGCACAGCUAGUAUACCGGGAAUGCUAACAUUUUACAAAUGAGCAGAAAUAAUCUCUUUAGAUCACCAACUGGCUUUUCCCUGCUAGAAGGGUCUCUAAAAGCCAUGCAUGCAGUUAACAAGAUAAUCCUUUACAAUUAGCAGAAAUCACUGUUUGGUGGAGACUAAUUUGUAUAGCUGAAUUUUACACCCAAAUUUGGUAAUGCUCUUAUAUUAAAGUGGAUAGUGUUGGUGAAAAGUAUUUUGCUUUCUAGUGUCUUUGUGUUAAAUUGUACACAAAUACAUCAGAUUUAGUUGAUAAUGUGAUCAUAAGCUUAUUAAAGAAUUUUUUUGUUUCUAAAUUUCUUAUUUUUCUUACACUGUCUCUGUCUAGUCAUCUGUGCUGUUUUAAUUUUUUUUGUCCCUAAUCUCUAGGUUUUAUUGACUUCCUGAAAUGUUUGUGUUUUGUCUGUAAUUUAAAAGUCUAAAAAAGUGAAACUAUUCUAGAUGCCAAGAAUAUAUAUUAUAUAUUUAUUAAAAAAUACAUUAAUGGGACAGGAUGUUGCAGUGUCAUGAUUGGCAUUUAUGUUUUGAAGCAUGAUAAUACUUUUCAGUGGAAACGAAAUUUGUCUUUUGAGGAUUGAGAAUUUGCUUAUUGAUCUUAAAAAUUAUUAUAUUUAUUCAUUUAGUGUUGUGGUUCUUUGAGACGGAUCUCUGUAUGUACCCCUGGCUGUCUUGGAACUCUAUGUAGGCCAGGCUGACCUCAGACACAGAGAGAUGCACCUGGCUCCUCCUCCCAGGUGCUAGCUUAAAGGGAUGUGCUCCCACGAUCAUGGAACUACUAUACAAUCAUAAAUUCUCUCAUUUAUAUUUUACAUCAAGAUUAAUAUUUUGCUAUUUAAACUUAUUUUAUUAAGAAGUGUAGCACUUUAUAUGAGAGAGAAAGCAUGUGUGUUAAUUACCCAAAGAUGUAGAUCUCUUAUUCAGGUAUAGCACAGCAGUGGAGAGCAGCCAAGUUACGCACUCUCCUAAUUACAGGGAAUAAAAUAGGUUUUUCCUAGGCAGAAUGCACGCAGAGGGGAACUAAAGUGACAUUUUGGUGUUAGCAGUUUUAAAUAAUGAAUAAAGUAGAUAAUGUGACAGAAAUAAAUGACCUUCCUAGAAAGUAUUUCUGCUUAGUCAUUAACAUUACAUUUUUUAAAUUGUGGGAUAAAAGUGAUCCUUUUUGUUCUGAGUGUUAUACAGCGAAAAGUAGGGAUUUACAUACAUUAGGAACAAUUUUGGAAUCUCCAAGUUAUUAUUAUUAUUAUUUUUUUUAUUUUUCAACACUGACCCGAUUUGGCUGUUGAAAACACAAUUUGUGUGUGUGUGUGUGUGCGUUUGUGCCACAAAGAGUGAAUAGAUUUUGUUGUCUACAACCAAAUUCCAAAUUGAGUUUUAAAAAAAUUAUAAUCUUGACUUUUAAUCUCAGGAUGCAAGCUCUAUGUACAGCCUGGUUUCGUUAAUAAGUAGAAUAUUUUAUCAAAGAUAAUUGAAUGGAUACAUUGAGAAACUGAACCUUAUGAUCACUGUUGACAUCAGUAUCACUGAAAUUUCCGUUCUAUGCAUUUGUGCAACAUAUUAUCUUAGUUUCCCUUUGUGUACAUCUUAAAACAAUGAAGAAGUACAUGAAUGUAUCUUAAAACUUAUCCUUCAGCAUAUUAAUUUUAAAGCACAGUUUAUUUGAAAAUCUAAGCUUUUGUGCAAACUAGUAAACUAUUUUCCACAGCAUCCAUGGCUUACCUUUUUAGGUAGUCUCAUGCAUCCCAUGGUGAAGAUUUGUAACUGUCCUUCCCUUUGUUUUUACUUAGAUUGAGUGUGUAGUUUCUAAGGGUGGAGAAAGUUGGAGAGCAGUGAAAUCUUCACAGAAGCUGCAUUUUGGGAGUUGACAAAUAAUAGAAACAUUUCCUUAGUGGCUCAGCCAUGUUUUACAAUGUCGGAAACAAGGGAUAACUGUGCUAAAAACAUGAAUUUAAAUUUAUGAUGGGCACUGUACAUGGAUGAAGGGUUUGGGUGUUUGUUUUGUUGCCGGGGAUUGAACAUGGGGCCUUGUAUUACCCAUUUUACCAUUGAGUUUUCUUCUCUCUUCUUUCCUUCCCUCCGUCUUUUCCUCCCUCUAACCCUCCCUCCCUCCCUCUCCUCUCCCUUGUUUAUCUUUCUUAACAGAGUCUUACCAUGUUGCUCAGGCAGGCUUUGGACAGGCACUCCUCCUGCUUUGUCCUCCUGAGCAGCUGGGUUAUUGUCCAGUGCCAGCAGACAUACAUAUUUCUUAACACCCAAAGCACUACAGAUGCCCAGUAGCUUUUACUGAUUCCCAAGCCUCAUUCCCACUAAAAGGCUAGCUUGCCGUGGUAAGGCCUGGAACCACCCUUCUGUGGACCUCAGUGCCUACAAUGAUGCCUUAUACAAAUUAAUACUUGACAUUAGUUGAAUGAGUAAAUGAGUGAAUGACUACAGUGUUAAAAAUGUCAAAGUUGCAGGAACAAUUUGACUCUUUCAAGGCUCUGAUCCACUUCAUCUAAAUAUUGCUGUAGAAUGAAAGCCAUAAGCAGCUUUCCUUAAUCUGCAAUUGUGAAAACAUAGGACUUAGAAUGUCAAUGUCACUAUAGUGUCAAUGGAACUCAAAUUUUCUUUAACGCUGUCAAAAGAAAGAUUAAAACAGCUUAAGAAUAUUGGGAAGAAUGAAUAUACUGUCUUACAGAUACUGUCCCUAAUGGGAAAUGUAGGCAUGCCUUGCUUCAGAUAGUGUCAUUCCAAAAAAAGCAGUAUAUAAAAUUAUAUCUAAUGUGUGAUUUUAAAAUAUACUAUUUAAUAGAAUGACCUUUGAAUCAUUUGAAGACAAAGAUAUACUGUUUUGUAAUAUCCGCCAGCUAAUACUUGAAAGUAGUGAUGUGACUGACCCACUAGAAUUUUUGUCCAUCUAAUGCAGUAUGUAUGGUGAAAAUGGUUUUCAAAGUGAGGUCUCUGGACUAGGGACACUGCAGAUACUCAGGCACUGCCCCGGUCAUGUUUAGUCAGGAACGCUGAGGUUGGAGCUCAGCAAUCUAUGUCCUCUGAUGUUCUUAGUCCUGAUGAAGAUUGGGAGCCUUUGCUGUAUGAUGUAAGAGGGGAAGGUAUCAAUAUUUCAAAGUUACAAAGUUGUCAUCUCUGUAGGAAAAACAAAGGCAAGUGCAGAUGAUCCAAUAAGAAUAAAGUAAUGAAAAAGUGAUGUGUAUCACAAAAUAGUUAUGUACAGAAUGCAAAGAAGGCAAAAAGAUUCCUAUGGAGAUAUCUCCAAUCUCCCAUCUGUGAAGUGAGACACACUAGGCCUAGAACACACAAGAUACAGACCUGAAACUGAGCUCAGAAGCAUGCAGGUUUACUUGCUAAUCUUAGAAGAUCACAGGGUUCACUGUCUGCAACCUUCAGGAUGUUUCCAGUUCACUCUGCCAGCUUAUUAAAAUGCAUAUUGUUGGGCCAGUGAGAUGGAACAGCAGAUAGAGCGUGCUUGUGACAUAAGCACUGGAAUUUUAGUUCAGUCCUCAGAGCUUCCAUAGAGGUGAAAGGAGAGAACUAACUCCAGGCUUGUGCUCUGGGUUCUGCUGUAGCACCUGUGCUCCGACACAAAUAACGUGCACACACAUAGCCCACCACGGAGUUUCUCACUCAAUGUAGGCUCCGGGAGGAAGUGUUUCUGAUAGGUUCUCGGGUGACACCGCCACCUGUCCAAGCUUGUGAUACAGUAUCUUCAAGCUAAAGAUGCUAAAGCUAAUGCCUAGAAGUGUGACAUGCCCAAUAAAGUCAAGUGAUGCUGACCCGGAAAUAAAACAAGAUUUCCAGACAGAAUCUAUGCAGGCUACCUGGGACACCCUAAGAAGAAGAUGUCUGCUUGAUGGUCCAGUGAUUCUACCGUCUAUACAAAAAAAGGACUGAUAAACUUGAGGCUAUUUCAUUUGACUCUUGUUCGUACUGUAACUUUAGUUUGUUAAUAAAAUCAUUUUUUCAUAUA